ACACACAGUGCUCUAUUCAAUGUGCUGCAGAGCAGAAACAAAACAAUGCUGGGACCAAACAUGUGGUAUGGAUUGUGAUUACAAAGAUCAGUAAUGAGGACAGCACCCUACAGUUACUCCAGUGGUUUCUGAACAGCCACACAUGAGCCAAGUGUUUGGAUGCAGUUGAGUUAGUCACCAUAGGAUGCUCGAUGAAGUGAAGUUUGUCAGAUAACGCAACAAGGAAGAACUUCAGGAUCAGUAAAAGUUUCUGCCGUGCAUCUUCAAACAGGAAAUCUGAGAUUCGGAACAACUUAUAUUUUGGCUUGUAUUCGCUGAUCAUGGGGUGAUCCAGAAAUAAACUCCAGGCUUCAAAGCGAGAGUGUUUCCAAGCUGUCCUGCAGUUGAUCGAAACAUCCAGGCAAAGCAGGGAGACAAAUACCAGCAAGGAUUUUCUGAAUUAAGACUUAAUCAAGGAGAUAACCCAUUUCAACAGUAUUUUUACCCUUUUAUUUCAGAACAAAAAGGAAAGCAAAGAAUAAUAAAAAUGGCUACAACGGCAGCAAAUACUCAAAGACAAACAAUAGGCUGUGAGGAAUACAGUCUGUACAGUAGCCUGAGUGAAGAUGAGCUUAUAAAGAUGGCCAUUCAGCAGAGCUUGGAGGAGGACCCCGCAGGUCAGCCAGGUGCCCAGAGCCACCAGAAGUCAAUGGUGGCAUGUGCUGGUGCGGCGGCCACCCCCAGCCAUGCCAGCCCCCACAACCCACCUUACCGCAUCUACCCUUGGCAAAGAUUGGCGGCCCAGCAGACAGGCCGUGCUCAGCCAUCCAGCUCGGGGGCAGCCUGGGGUGUCAGGCGAAGGUACGACAGCAGCCUGUGCAGCACAUCCCAGUCCGUAGAACUUGACCCUGUAGUGGCAGCGAUCAAGGAUGGAGAUGAAAAAGCAGUAUGCAACAUGAUGAAAUCAGGAAAAAACCUUUCUAAACCUAAUAAGGAUGGCUGGAUACCCCUCCACGAAGCUGCAUACUAUGGCCAAGUGGGUUGCCUGAGCCUGUUGCAAAAAGCGUACCCCAGCACCAUCGACCAACGCACUCUCAAUGAGGAGACAGCUCUCUACCUGGCCACCAGCCGGGGCAACCUGGACUGCCUGCUCACCCUGCUGCAGGCUGGGGCUGAGCCCGACAUCUCCAACAAGGCCAGAGAAACGCCGCUCUACAAAGCCUGUGAGCGUAAGAAUGCGGAAGCCGCAAGACUCCUGGUACAGUACAAUGCGGAUACCAACCAUCGUUGUAAUCGAGGAUGGACUGCUCUCCAUGAGGCUGUCUCCCGAAAUGACCUGGAGAUUAUUGAUAUUCUUGUGAAAGGGGGUGCCAAGAUUGAGUCGGCAAAUGCCUACGGGAUCACUUCUUUAUUUGUGGCAGCUGAGAGUGGGCAGCUGGAAGCCUUGAGAUACCUUGCAAAAUGUGGCGCUGAUAUAAAUACUCAAGCCAGUGAUAAUGCCACUGCCCUUUAUGAAGCCUGUAAAAAUGGACAUGUACAUAUUGUGGAGUUUCUUUUGUCCCAAGGAGCAGAUGCUAACAAAGCCAAUAAGGAUGGUCUGUUACCUCUUCACAUAGCAGCCAAAAAAGGGAUUUGCGAGAUUGUCUCCAUGCUGAUCCCUGUGACCAGCCGCACCCGCGUCAAACGUAGUGGCAUCAGCCCCCUGCACUUGGCGGCCGAACGGAACAAUGAUGACAUCUUGGAAGAGCUGAUAGAUGCUGGCUACGAGGUCAACAGUGCCCUCUCCAAUGAACGGUCCUGCCUUUAUGAGGACAGACGCACCACCCCUCUCUAUUUUGCAGUUUUUAACAACAAUAUCUAUGCCACAGAGCUCCUGCUGCAAGCCGGAGCCAACCCCAAUAUUGACCUCAUCAACCCAUUACUCAUCUCCAUCCGUCAUGGCUGCAUGAAGACCAUGAAACUGCUCCUUGACCAUGGAGCAAACAUUGAUGCUUAUAUAUCAAGUCAUCCCACCACAUUUCCAGCUACCAUCAUGUUUUCAAUGAAGUACCUCUCCGUGCUGAAGUAUCUCCUGGAUCUGGGCUGUGAUGCAAGUUCCUGUUUCGAGUGUCAGUAUGGGAACGGCCCCCACCCUGCAUUAAAUUACAGACGGGAAAGACUUAAUGAUCCUCAGCUGACCAAGGAGCCAACCAUAGUACAGUUUUGUGAAAUGGUGUCUACUCCAGAGAUAAGUCGCUGGGCUGGGCCAAUCAUUGAUGUUCUCCUGGAUUAUGUGGGUAAUGUGCAGCUCUGUUCCCGGCUCAAGGAGCAUAUUGACAGCUAUGAGGACUGGGCUGUCAUUAAAGAAAAAGCAGAACCUCCGCGACCUCUUUCCCAUCUUUGCCGCAUCAAGGUACGAAGCCUGGUUGGAAGAAAUCGCAUUAAGCUUCUUGACACCUUGCCUCUCCCAGACAGACUGAUCCGAUACUUACAGCACGAUUACAGACAGUGACCCCAGGCACGAUGGAUAUGCAGUGGCUUUCCAGCAUGGCACCCAGCAUCACCAGCAUGGCAAGGGCCCACAGCGGGGAGGAAUUGCUGCUGGCUUGGUCAAGCACCCUCCAAUGACUAAUCUAAGAGAAAUAUGCUUUUGAAGCGUGAGUGAGAAGAAAAUGGAGGAGACAGAGCUAAAGAUAGGACUGUUGUUAGGUUUUUCAAGAGCAAACACAUAUGAUUCACCUCUGCGCUUGUUCUGUAAAGAACAAGAAAUGAAAGCUGACACUGACAAAUGAGUCGUACCAAUAUUUGGAGAGGAAUACAAAGGUAUCCAAGGGUUGUGGUGAAUCUUAGCAUCCUUGCUGUGAUGACAAUUAACAAAUUGUUGAGAGUCAACAUAUUUGGGAAGACAAUCACAUUUCCUUCACUGACUGAGAUUUUUAUUGUAUUUUCUAUUCUAUUGUUUGGAUUUCUGCUAAGUGUGCGGGUUGCUAAUUCUCUGAUACUUUUACACCACCUUGCUAACACUUUUACUUUCUUUUUUUGUAUCUUUCUUAUUGAGUAGAGUACUUGAUUUCUGAACAUUCAAAUCUCAGAUUUCUUUAACAGACUAAAAUCCAGAAAUGAUGAAUCCUUUAAAAAUCAAGGAAAGGUUUAUUUAAGGAGGAAGUAAGAACUGUAUUUGCACAUAGUGAAUGGAGUUCAUUCUGUAUUACAUUUGCAAUGUCAUUCUGCUUUCUGUCAUUCUGAGAGAAUUUCCUAGACUGGGGAUUUGAAAGUAAAUCUGAGCUCUUUUUUUUUCUUUUCUUGGUGUAAAUUAGAAGUAGCUGCACUGUAAACAGUAGGUUUACACUGUCAUGAAUCUGGUGUCAGAACAAAACAAAGCCCUAGAGGACAGGGAACAGAGUGGUGUGAAGGAGAAAGGCAACACUAUUACACAAACUUAAUCUGUUCCUCCCCUAGAAGAUCUUAUCUCUAAAAAACCCAGCCUUUCCUAACUCCUUGGACCUCUGUGGCUACAGCAAUACUAUCAAUGGAAGAAAGAGAAAUUAUUUCAAAAUUAUGAAAGUCAGACUUCAAAAUUCAUGAAAAUGAAUAUCCAGAAUUAGGCUUCCAAAUCCUUAUUCAGGUGCCUAAACAAUGUCAAGUUGCUUGCACUAGGUGUAGUUCCACUGAAGCCAGGCGGAUCACAUUUAGUGUCAUCUAUUAGUGAGGUAGACUAAAAACCUUGGGAUUUAGCCCUGAAUUUUCUGACUUUGGAAGUCUGAAAUAUCUAUUAGCUCCCUUUGAAACUGAUAAAAGUUAUUAUCUUAGCUUCUUUGAAAAUUAGGUCACCUAUUUACAGCUCAGAUCCUCAACUGAUUUAUGGCAGCUUAACAAGUUACCAUCUAUCUGCUGAACAACUAUAAUUGUCCGUGAAAUUCUUUUAUUGAAGUUUUUAACAAGUCACAUUCCCUCACAGCUGGGGAGGCCAAGGAGCCCAUGAGUGGUUAUUGGCAGUGACUACAGCUCAGCUGACAGGUGUGACUUGCUGAACUGCUUUGAUGAGUGCUUCAUUCCUGAAUAGGCACCUAAGAAAGUAUGAAAGAACUGAAAUUUUGGAAUGAUGUCUAUGCAGAUCUUAUGCUAGAAGCACACUCAUUCUUUCCUUAGGUGAUAAAGGAGCUGUGCAUCAUGGUCUGCUUGGAGUCCCCCCCAGACAUGGCAGAUCUGGUUUUAUUUGUUGGUCUACAUACCAUGCAUGGAAUCAGAUAGAAAUGUAAGUAGGGAAAAUGCAUUGCACUGACUUUUAUUUGUGUGGAGUUUUAAACCUUAACACAGGACUAAAGUGUGUUGCACACAUACAGGUCUGUCUGGGCACACAAGUUCAGAUUUUGUGAUGACUUUGUGCAAAAUGUGCUCAGCACUUGUGGGACAGGAUGAGAGCAAACCUAAAUUGGUUACAGCUACAGCAUUCUGUCACAGCUGUCCCCUACCUGGAUGCGAAAGUUGAACAACCCACAGAGUUUCAAUUCACACUGAACGAUGAUCUUCUUGCAAAGCUUUGGAAAGUCAGGUGAGAUUCCUCCACUGGUGAUGUUUCAUCCAGUGACUUCCUUUACUGUCAGUUUAGGAUCUACCUCCUUGUCUCCUCCAGUGUGAACAGGGAAUUUCAUCAGGUUAGAAAAAUACUGGGUGGAGAGAAAAGGAUGGGGUACAGAAAAUCUCUAGACCAGUUUUGCCAGUGGAGGCCCUGUAUUGGUAAGCAGUACUUUGAGAGACAGAAAAUCACCUGUGGAGUUCAUCCAUCUCUCACUUUCUGAGGCUGAAUAGCGAAGGCCUGGGUCCUACUUACGUUGAUAUAAAUCAGAAGAAAAGUCCCUGAAAUUAAAUAAGUGUAACAAAGCAGAGUUGUAGAGGGUGAUGGAUACAAACACAGCUUGCUGGAGACCACUUUAGUGUUUGUUUGGUGUGCGGUGACAGCACUGGAGACCCUGGCUGAGAGAAAGGAUUCACAAUCACCAACUGCAGGUAUAACCAGAGAAGUGGGAUUUCAUAAGCUAUCCCAAAAUGGGAAUUUCCCCUGAGCCAACACUGUUGUGUCCACAACAGUCUAGCAAGCUGCAAUUUCUUUUUAUGUCCUUGGAGAAGUUGAAACUAGGUUUGAAUGGCACAAAUAUGGAAAGCCCAUUUUUCUUUCAACCAAGAGCCCUUCAUUUCUAUUGGGAGACCCAAGUCCUGGUUUGCUGUCAACCAUCUGUCCUGAGCAGGAGUCACUAAGCUGGAGAACACUGGUCUGAUGGGAAUAUAACACAAUUGUGGGAAGGAUAAGUGCAUGCUGUGCACAGAAACUGAGGUGAGAAGAGUCUAUUAGAGGGGGAAUCUGGUAAUUACAAUGUUAUUGAGUCCUUUCUGCUUGAUCGUUACAGCAAAACUUCACAUACUCAGUUUACAACUAUUUGCACUGAAAUGGAGCCUGCUACCUCUCCGCUCCAGUCACUGACAUACUAUUUUGUGCAAAAUACUGAAUCUGCACAAAUUCAAUGUGCCUUUAAUGCAUCUGCUUAGAAGUUACUGUGAAAAGAAAAAUAGCCCAAAACCCAACCAAACCAGGCUUUAUAAGCAGAUCAGUAGUUCUAGUGCAAAGUAAAGUGGCUUGUUUUUACUGAGUGUGAUAAAUAUUCUCCUUCCAAGACAAUGAAUUUAUGUGAAAUGUUCUAGGAAUAUUUCACGACCAGGUUACUGUACUUUUUUUACUGCAAAAUGUGCAAUUCACUUGAUGUUCUUGUGCACUUUUUUUGAUUUUUUUUUAAUUUCAUUUUGUAUGAAAGCUUUUUCAUUUACCUCUCCCUUCCCAUUAUUUAUAAAAGCUAUUGUGGUUUUAAAAGUUUAAAUUUGCAUUGUUUUUGUAAAUAGCAGCUCUCAAAUGUUAUGUUUCCAUCUUUCAAACAAAGUAUGAAUAAACAAGUAGAUUCUGAAGA